CAAAGAGAUGUCGGCGCAGGAGUUGUAUAAACAGCUGAACGAAGAGGCGGAGGCCUACCGGAAGGAGAAGAAACGGCAGUCCUAUUCAGGCAUUCAUAAGUACCUCUUCCUCCUGAAGGGUAAACAACGGUUCCCCUGCGUUACGGACGACAAGCAGACCGUUAUAUCCCUACCGCCGCUCAUCAACUCCGAGACUACGAAGAUAACGGAAGAGACGAAAGACAUGCUUCUGGAGGUGACGGGAGAGUCGGUGCCCACGUGUCGGAAGGUUAUGGACGCCCUAUUGCACGGUAUGCUUAAGUUGGGGCUGAGCUCGCAGUCCCUGUCCACUGGCGCCGAUAGUGCUAAUGGAGAGGUGGUAGCGGUGACCGCGGGGCUACAGGCGCUCACCAUACAGCCCAAGGCGUUGACUGUGGAACCGGUGAAAGUGGUAGACACAGAGGGCAAGCUGUACGUACAAUACCCGUCCAAAACGGACCUCCAGUUCCCCGAUAUUGACGUCAAGCGAGGGAAGGAGUGAUUGUUAACUGAAUUGAGUGUUAAUCUCGUAAUUAGUUUUGAUUUUUAUUUUGUUUUUUACGAAUUAAUUAUUUGAUUAAUAAAUAUAUGCGCUUGGUGAUUUUGAUAUAAAGUUUUUUUAAUAUUUUUAUUUCAUUGCGAGUUUGUUUUGUGUUUAUAAUUAGCGCUAUUUUCACGCAAAUAAUCAAAAACCCGUACGAAAUGUAUUGACCACAAAAAAGUGUUGAUUUAUUUUAUUUUAUAAAUUGAGAUAUUUUUCAAUUAACCUUAUUCAGUAUUUGUUGAUUGUUUGUAAUCAUUAAAUGCUAUGAAUGUAUAUAUUUUUUUGUAUCAAAAAUAUGAUACGGGUUUGUCAUUCAACGCCC